CUUGUUCGAAAAAUUCAGUUGAAAUACCUACGACAAGUCUUCUAAAUUAUAUACCUACUCGUCAUAUAAAAAAAAUAAUUGAUAUUGGCAGCAGAAGAAACAAUCAAGUGACACUACAUUUGUUUGACAAAACAAGCUGUGAAAACCACAGAGCAAGUAAUAUGUGAAAACGAGGACAAAACAUUAAUCUCCAUUCUCAAUUAUUCCGUUAAUGCGCGAUACAUUUUUAUUCAAAUUACUGUAACGUUAUAGAAAGAAACUAAACAUGUCAGACCCAUCUGAUAACAUUAUUGACCUCACAUCGCCUGCUCCAUUUGGCUUGGUUAAGCAUUGUAAUUUCUCUGAUGAUGUUAUUGAAAUAGAUGAUACUGACGAAUCAAUUUGUGAGGUAAUUGUUGAAACAAAUCAAACAGUCACAGCUCCAAACAAAGCUUCAAAUAAACUCACAAAAAAAUCAAGAGCGAAAUCUUUGGAGCCAAAGACGUUGGAAGUUCAAUCACCUGAAAAAAAAGAAGUCAAGAUUGGAGAGUGUCCCAUAUGCUGUGAACAAUUGGGAAAGAAACCAGCAUCAUCAACAAAGUGUGGACAUGUAUUUUGUUUAGAAUGCAUACAGAGAUCUUUAAAACAUGACAAAAGAUGCCCUCAAUGUAGAAGAGCAUUAAAAGGGGCUACUGCUUUUCAUCCACUGUACCUUCCAAUACAAACAUAAAUGUUACAGUAAAAAUAAAAGAUGUAAAUAUAUUUAAUAACUUUAUUACAUAUUUAGAAUUAAAUAAUAAUUACAUAACUAAGUUUUCAUUAAUUUUUCAUAUUUUUUUCUUUUACUUAACUACAAUAAUUAACAAAAACAAAGAUUCAAUUAUUUAUUAUCAUUUUCAUAUAAAGUAAAGUAUGUUUAUACAAUAUGUACAUGUUGUGUUUGAAUAAAGCUGGCAAUUAUUAAUAAUCAAAAUAAUCAAAAUUGUUUAUUUGGAACACAACAACACACAUAUUCACACAUAAUAUUUCCUCAUGGAAUUCUGAAAACUGCUGAUGUGGAUCCCAUGUUCUUAUAUUUUUAUCUUUACUCUACUUUUUCUAUUUGUUACAACUGACUUAAACAUUUGUAAUUAAUUUAUUUCUACAUUGUUUUUAUGUUGUGGUGACAUCAAAAUCUGAUUUUCAUUGUCUUUAAAUGUUGGAUAUUACAACUAGCCACCUGCCUCUCCUUUGCUGUAAUGUUGAUGUACCUAUUACCAUUCCUUUAAACCACUAUCUGUUGAAUAAUCUCAUUAAAAUUAAAAAUCCAUUGUACCUAUAGUUUUAACGUUCUAACCAUAUAUAAGAUAACAUUGUUUUGUUCUAAGUAGUGAUUGUGAUGCAUAUAAUAUAAAUAUGUUAUUCUAAAUGUAAGUUUGUGACUGAUGUUAUGGAAUAAAUGUGUUUUGAUAUAA